CAGUGUGUCACAUUCACAGCGGGACCUCGGGCUCAGGUGCUUCUGCUUCGCUCUCGGUCCGAUUCAACGGUCAAAGCGGGACCCGGCUCCUGGAUCCGGCUCCUGGACGCGCGGCUCUGCGGCUCUGCGGCUCCUGAGACUCGCUCCUGACGCGGUAAACGACUUUAACAUGGGACCAAAGUGACCGCAGCCUCGUAGACGUACUCACGAUGGUCCACUGAGCGCGCUCCGAGCGGCGACGCAGCAGCUAUGUCCAGCACCAGAGCCAUGGCGGGGCUCAAACGCCAUCAUGACGGGAAGAUCGCCGGCCUCUACGACUUGGACAAGACGCUGGGGCGCGGCCAUUUUGCUGUGGUCAAACUGGCUCGACACGUGUUCACGGGGGAGAGGGUUGCUGUGAAAGUCAUAGAUAAGACCAAGCUGGACCCGGUGGCGCGCGGUCACCUCUUUCAGGAAGUCCGCUGCAUGAAACUGGUCCAACAUCCCAACGUCGUGCGGCUUUACGAGGUCAUCGACACGGCGACCAAACUCUACCUCAUCCUGGAGCUGGGAGACGGCGGCGACAUGUACGACUGCAUCAUGAAGCACGAGGGCGGACUCAGCGAAGAGGUGGCUAAAUGUUACUUCGCUCAAAUCGUCCACGCCAUCUCCUACUGCCACCAGCUCCAUGUGGUGCAUCGGGACCUAAAGCCUGAAAACGUGGUGUUCUUCGAAAAACAAGGGAUAGUGAAGCUGACGGACUUCGGCUUCAGUAAUCGAUUUCAGCCCGGCAAGACGCUCAACACCUCCUGUGGAUCGCUCGCCUACUCCGCGCCCGAAAUCUUACUGGGAGACGAGUACGACGCCCCCGCUGUCGAUAUCUGGAGUCUGGGCGUGAUCCUGUUCAUGCUGGUGUGCGGUCAACCCCCCUUUCAAGAGGCUAACGACAGCGAGACGUUAACGAUGAUCAUGGACUGUAAAUACAACGUCCCGGUUCAUAUCUCCGCCGCCUGCAGAGACCUCAUCAGCCACAUGCUGCAGAGGGAUCCAAAGAAACGCGCCACUCUCGCACAGAUCGAAACCCACGACUGGCUGAAGGGUGUCGAUCCCUCCCCCGCCACUAAGCUGUCCACUCCCCUCGUGUCCCACCGCAACGUCUCGGAGGAAGAACACGGCUCCAUUAUUCAGAGGAUGGUCCUGGGAGGCAUCGCGGACCGAGACAACAUCACCGAGGCUUUGGAGUCAAAUCAGUACAACCACAUCACCGCUACGUAUUUCUUGCUGGCGGAGAGAAUGCUCCGAGAGAGGCAGGAGAAGGAGGCGUCCAGCCAAACGCGAUCCCCCAGCCCCAGUAAAGCCCAGUUCAGACAAUCGUGGCCCACCAGAGUGGACGUUCAUCAGGAUGUCAGUGACGGGUUGGGUGGGCCCCCCAUCUCACACCCCGGGGGCCCACAGUCUCCGGCCCGCAGCGCAGAGAGCCUCCACAAAGGCCCCAGACCCAAAACGGCGCUCCUGGACGUUAGCCAGCACCACGACAACCACACGUCAGCGUCCAAUCAGGAGCCUGCGCGAGGACCCCGGCCGCUCGGCAAACCCCAGGCCAUCCCGCACCGCCUGGGUCCCCUGACGGCCGGGGGUCCCUGUAAACCCCGCAGCCCGAGUCUCUUCAGUGUGGAGGAGGAUGAAGAGGAGGAAGGUGGAGAAGGGAAAUGUCUGCCUCCGGCUUCACUUCCGACUCAAGUGGUGCUCCGCUGUAAAUCCUCCUCGUCUGGAAAUCGCCUGACGUCCAGAAUGAGCGCGCCUGUACUCAACCAGAUCCACGAGGAAGACAAAGAGGAAGAGGAAGAUGAGGAUUAUAAAGAGCUGCUUGGACUGGGCGCUCCUAAACCGAGCCUUAGCCUCAACUUGAACUCUAGGAUACAGUCUCCUUCACAAAUAAUGCUGUCCCCUAAAACUGUUAUUUCUGUGAGUCCCGGCUCCGAGACGAGCGACGACGAUUCAGGAGCCGCUCACAGACAAACUGUACGGGCCAGUGUGAGCGUGACCGACGUGAGAACAGAGGACAGAGAAAGACGGGGGACAGGACCGACCAGUCCCUGCAGUCCCGGCUCAGGGACGGGUCAGGCCAAAGCUAAAACGGCGAGCGGCCUGGUGGAGAGUCUGAAGCUCAUGAGCCUCUGCCUCAGCUCUCAGUUCCACAGUCUGAAAGGAGGAGGGGGCGGCGGGGGAGUCAGCAGUGACCCUCAGGACCGACCUGUGUGGAGAAUGUGCAUGGGUGGCUCCACUGGCAGUCUGGAUAAGGUUUCACUCCUCGGGGGUCCUUCACCUAGAGGGAACCUCUGCCAACAGCGUUCACAGCACCAGCCCACAAUGGCAGACACUUUUGCAGAUCCGCUGCUGGACGGCCCGUGCUCUGGGACACUGAGGCUGGGAGAGCUGGACUUGGCCAGAGAAAACCACAGGAACAUGAAGAACCGUGUGCUCCAGAUGCCCCUCAGUGACAAGACUCUCUCUGUGAAUAUCCACCGCAGCCCCAAAGAGGGUCUGCUGUGCACCCCCACCCCACACAGCUGCUGCCAAGUCAUCUAAACUAAUGUGACCCACUGAACACGCCUCCGCUAUUUUUACUCCUGUCCACAGCCUCUGCACGUGAUUACAUGCACUCGAUAGUCCUCUGUGACCUGCUCUUCACAGGUAAUAUUUAUAUGACAAAUAUGUAUGAAUGUGUCUUCAGACAUGCUCAGAUGCAUGCAGGGCUAAACACUUGGACCAGUUAAAACAGAGCACAGACACAGGGCGUCGUGUGCAUGUAAACUGUAAACUGUAUAAUUGGACUUCUCCAUAUAUGUCAUGGCUGGGUUAGUUAUUCUGGUACUUUUUACUGUUUACAGCCGGCUGAGGCGGGAGGAGCUGCACACUGCUGCAUGUGUUGCACAUUUAAAAAGAGUCUAUAUGAAACAGGCCAUGUGCCUCUGAUGUAUGAAAACAUAAAGCUCCUUUAACUCUCAGGCUUCACUUUAAAAACGUCACACUUAAGACCCUAAAGACAUAAGUGUCCACUUAAAAACAGCUGUAAAAACAUCAUAGAAUCAUACAUUUUCAACUAACUCCAAAGAUCUGU